AUGUUUAGCUUGCAUCGUGUUAAUAGACGACCGGGACACCUAGCGGAAGGUCGUAAGAAGUCUGUCAACAGUCAAGAGUCGAUAGUCGAUAGUCUCGAAUGUUUAAGUAAAGAUGAAUUUAAUGCACUAACACCAGUAGAGAAAAAAUUUGAAUUCAUAAUAUCUCAGAAAACGGUAUCGUGGAUACUUUUGUUAGAUAAAUCAGAAGUAGUCGGUUUUUUAAAAUGUUGUAACAUACAUUGUGAAGAAUCGUCAACACUUGUACAAUUAAGGGAUCUCGCGAAAUCAGCAUUAAAAACUUUUAGAGGUGGGCUUCUUGAUACCGAAGAUAAAGAUAAUUUUAACGAUAGUACUGCGGACUUUACCUUUACUGAAAACAAGUUAUCAUUAGAUUUAAAUAAAAGCCAAAAAAAUCUUAGUGAAAAAAAUAUUAGUGAACCAAGCUCACAAUUAGAAUUAGAAAAUAAAGACACCAAUACGGAUAGGACUAAAGACGUGGCCCAACAACUAAAAAAUCUCUUAAUAGACAUAGAACAAACACUUUCACCAAUAAAAAAUACAAAGCAACCAAAUAAUUUAAAAUUUGAAUCUGAAGAAGUUAAUCAAAAUAAUAAAUUGGACGCUAGUUCAAAAAUAAUUAAUAACAAUUCGAAAGAAGGACACUGUCCACAGGUAAUACAAAAUAAAAUAAAUAUCAAUAGCGAUAUUAAUUCUGAAUUUAAAACAGUUGAUAAUACAAUUAAAUUAACUUCAAAAAAUAAAAUGGCAAGACCUCAACAGUUUGUACCAAAUAUUUUUAACGGUUCGGGUGAUGAAUGUGUAUUAGAAUUUUUCGAGUACUUCAACGUGGUAGCUACUGCUAAUGAGUGGUCUCCGCAAAUAAAAUUAACUUACUUGCCAUUGUAUUUAAAAAAUUCCGCUUAUAAAUUAUACAAGACGUUAACAAUUAAUAACGUAAAUCCGACUUUUGAAGAGUUAGAACGAAUAUUUAAAGAAAAAUUUGCAUCACCGGCUAGGAAUCGUAUGUUAAGAAACAAAUUACGAAAUAAAAAGUUAAAAUCGACAGAAACAAUAUCAGAGUUCUUAGCAGAUAUUUUAUAUUUAAUUAGUCAAACUAAUUGUACCAUUCCUGAGACAGAGAAAAUUGAUAUUAUAUUAGAGGCACUUACACCGGAAUACUAUAAUACUGUAACUAUUAUGAAUAAUGACACUUUGGACAACUUGGAAAUCAAUUUAAAGAAAAUAGAAAAUUCGAAAUUAAUUAACACAGAUUUUCAAAAUAUAAAUUCAGUAGAUAUUGACACUUUAAAGAAAGAAAAUGAAUUUUUAAAAUCUAAAUUAAAUAGUAUUAACAAUGGUAAUUGAAAUGUUAACCAGAAAAAGAAAUUUAAUAAUAUAAUAUGCAUAUGAAUAACCCAUAUCAGAAUCUUCAAAAUAAUCCAAUCGAUACAUUCAAUAAUAAUAUGUGCAAUAACGACCCAUACAAUAAUAACAACAAUAAUUUUAAUAAUCAAAACUAUAAUUCAAAUAAUUCAUUUAAUCCAAAC